AUUUCACCUUCGAUCAUCGAUAUGGAAAUCUUUGGUCAAUUAUUAGAAAUGGACGAUGAAGAAGAUCGCGAAUUUAGCAAAGAAAUCGUUUGGAAUUAUUUCGAUCAAGCAGAAACUACUUUUCAAAAAAUGGAUGAUGCUUUGGAAAAGAAAGAUUUACCUGAACUUUCCACUUUAGGUCACUUUUUAAAAGGAAGUUCAGCAGCCGUUGGUGUGAUCAAAGUGAGGGAUAGCUGUGAAUAUAUGCAACAUUAUGGAAAAAAGGCAGACAAGGAUGGAAUCACUGAAUUAAGCGAAGCAGAAGCAUUGGAAAAGAUUAGGACAACGUUGAGAGAUGUCAAAGUGGAGUACAAAGAAGCAGAAAAGGCUCUAAGACAAAUCUAUUCGGAUGCAUCAGAUUAA